AUGCCUCCCAAGACCAAAAAGCAUGCCAUCAAGGCUGACGACUAUGACUCCGAUGGCGGUUUCGUCGAAGACGCUCCCCAGUCCAAACGCGCCAAAACCGCAAUCUCCAAGGACAAGCAAGUCGAUGAAGAUGGCAAUCCGUACUGGGAGGUACGUUUCCCAAGACAUUCAAGCAUGACGCCAACUGACCAUUGUUCAGNNCUCUCCGGAAAACGUCGCGUCGGUUUGUCUGAGUACAAGAACAUGCAUCUGAUCAACAUCCGCGAGUACUACGAAAAGGAUGGCAAGACGCUUCCAGGAAGANAAGAGAUCGAAGCUGCUUUGAAAUCUCAGGGUCAAGAGCUUCCUCGUCCAAACUAUGGCGAAGAGGACGGUCCCAGAGCCUCUUCAUCAAUCAAAACACCCAAAGUCGAGCAAGCCGCAGCUGAGCCUGAGUCAAUUGAUGACGAGCCAGAGACGAACACCGCUCCUUCUACAAACAAGCUCGACAGAUUCAAGUAUGAAAAGAAGAACCACGAAGCUACAAGCGAUGAGGAAGAUUGA